AUGAGUGGUGUUAUUCAUCGUCAACAAAAACUUUGUUCAUCGACAAUUCAACCAUUAGACCGACAUUUGUCGGAAAUCGAUGAAAAAGAUGGAACAAUUUACAUCAAUGCUGGAAUUGAUUCGACCUGCUGUAAAAAACGAAGUCGAAUGAUACAUACGUUAACCAAUGGUAUUGUCAUAUCUACGAAUGGACAAAAUUUCAAUGAUGAUUUAUUGAAUCGAAAUUCUCAUGAAAGCGAAUACCAUUCCAGAAGUAAUGGUUGUUGUUCACAUUGUGGUAAAUAA